AUGGCUGAUACGUUUCCGCCAACGGUCGCGCUACCUCACACGAGAGGGUAUCAGCAGGAAAUGCUUGAAGAGAGCAUGAGGAAGAACAUCAUAAUCGCGCUGGAUACAGGGUCGGGCAAGACUCAUAUCGCGAUCUUACGAAUCAGGGCUGAAGUUGAGCGGGAACCUAUCAAGGUUUCCUGGUUCCUUGCGCCGACCGUUACUUUAUGUGAGCAACAAAGGACAUUUAUUGCGAAAGCAAUCCCCGUCGGCGUAGGCUUCAUCUCUGGCGCGUCAGAGCCCGAUCAGUGGAAAGACAAAGCUCUCUGGGACAGGCUAUUAGCCACAAACAAGGUCGUUGUCUCUACACCGCAAGUAUUGCUUAAUGCUCUCAGGCACGGAUAUGUUUCCAUGGGUAGAGAUAUCAGCCUUGUCGUGUUCGACGAGGCCCACCAUGCGCUUGGAGAUGAACCAUAUAAUCAAAUAAUGAAAGAAUUCUACUUUCACCUUCCGCCUAAGGUACAAGGCGAUGGUCCAGCUGCCAUUGUGCGACCUGUGAUCUUGGGGCUGACUGCGAGUCCAGUUUAUGGCGGUAACGUUGAGCGCGCGUUUAGAUCUCUCGAAGCAAACUUAGAUUGUACGAUCAGAGCACCACAGAUCCACCGUGAAGAAUUGACUCGACACGUCUAUCGCCCUACCUUCACCCACGUCAUGUAUGAACCGAGUUCAGAUGGCACUUUCUUCUCUACGAAUCUCGCCUCUUUAGAUCACGUCGUUAAUUCCCUGCAGAUAGAUGACGACCCCCUUGUCAUUCUCCUUCGAAAACGGUUAGCACAGAUGCCCAAUCAUGCGGCCGAGCGACCUCGGCUUGACCAAAGGCUUUCGAAGGCGAUAGCCAAGAAGGAUACCUUCUCCGAGAAGGGUUUGCGAGACUUCAAGCGAGCGGCCGAAGCCAUAGGUCUAGAUGUUGGUGGAUGGGCUGCUGAUUGGUAUAUCGCAGAAGUUUUGACAAAGUUCCAUGCGCUCCGCGGCGGUCAGUAUAAUCACCUCUUCCCCAGUUGGCGAGAAACAGAGAAAGCGUACUUGGGAAAGCAACUCGCCAAGGUCCAGGCGACAGAGAUCUCAUAUGAUCCAGACGAUAUCAUCGAUGAUGUUUCUCACAAGUCCCAAGUCCUGAUCGCGCGUUUGCUCCAGGAAAAGGCGGAGGCGGAGGCGGAAAACGAAGCGUACAGCGGCAUUGUGUUCGUGCGAAGGCGCGACAUCGUCUAUGGUCUAGCCACCUUGUUACGCCACCAUCCCGACACGAAGGACCAAUUUCGGGUUGGAUGCCUUGUUGGGUCCUCCGAUAACUAUCAGCGCCAUUCGUUCCUCGAUAUCACUCGGGCCUUCCUCCAACAAACACAAGAUGAGAUUUUGAUGGACUUCAGACUUGGGGAAAUCAAUCUACUCGUAUCGACGUCAGUUGCGGAGGAAGGAAUCGACGUCCAAGGGUGUGGUAGCGUCAUUCGAUGGGACCCACCCCCGAACAUGGCUAGCUGGGCUCAAAGUCGGGGCCGAGCAAGGCGAAAGAGGAGCACGUUUACGUUGAUGUUUUCGUCGGACAGCUCAGAUCAGAAAUCGGUGGAGGAAUGGGAAAAGAUGGAGCAAGAGAUGAUUGCUCUCUACAACAGCGAGCGUCAAAGGCAAGCGGAGGUUCGUCGCAUUCAGGAAAGCUUCGAUGAAGACCCAGAGGGUGACGACGGCGACGGCGAUGGCGGGGAUAAGAUGCUGAGGAUUGAAUCGACUGGUGCCGUCCUUACUCUUCACUCUGCCAUAGGGCACUUGGAGCACUUCUGUGCAGUGAUGCCCAAUUCUGGUCAUGCAAGUCACCAGCCUAUAUACGAUAUCGACCCUCCUGAUAUGCCUGAAGGAUGGCACGCAUUUGAACACAAGGUCGCCGUCGAACCUCCCGAAGGACCUUUCGGUGCCACCGUUACUCUCCCCAAACUCCUUGCCCUGGAACUCCGAGUGUUCAAAGUACCCAGGAUAUACAAGAAGAAGGCUCUUGCUCAACGCCAUGUCGCAUUCAAGGCCUACAAGGCCCUCUACCACGCCGGGAUGUUGAAUGACCACCUGCUUCCUUUAACGAGUGUAGCCGAACCCCAAUUGGAGGACGAGGUGAAAGCAAUGCUCAAAGACGUAGAGAAGCGAGCGAGCACUGCUAGUGUUUCCGUGCAAAUGGAUCCUUGGAUCGGACAGCAGUCGACUGACCGCACACUCUCUGAAGAAGAGAAGUGGUGGACAUCUCGACUGACGGUCGAUGGUCUUCCAUCUCUGUUGUUGUUCACUCGUCGUCGUCUUCCGACUUGGGAGAACGAUGGCGGGCCAACGUUGUAUCGUCCCGGCCGUCUACCUGUGAAGGCCAUCUGGACUACACUGGAUGAUUUACCCACGAAUGAUACCGUAGACGAUGCCCGGGUGUUCACUCGACGAUUAUUUUGGUGCAUUCAUGGUUCCCGGAUGCAAUGGGACGAUCUCGACUUUCGAUACUUGUUUCUCCCUGCCAAUAAUACGGGUGACCAGCCAUGGGAUACUAGACGCGAAUGGCUACUUGAGCAGGACCAGCUCAGCGACUUCGCUCGAAAGUAUCACUUUCUUGCUCACGCAAGGAUGUUUGGAGAAAAUUUCAAGUAUCCGGAAGAUGUUACAAUACUGCGAAUGGGCUUUGGUUUCGAUAAGAUUUGUCAGUUUGUGCGGUGGAAGUUUGACCGGAUGAACGAGGAAGAAGAAAGACAAUACUCGGAAAGGUAUGCGAAGCAUGGCGUCCCGGAGAUCAGAUAUCCACUGCUUUCAUCUGUCGUGUUAUAUUCGGCUAGCGACGUCGAAUACUCCAUGCUUUUACCCUCUGUCCUGCGAGCGAUAGAAAUGGUUGCAACCGUCGAAUCUCUCCGUGACACCUUGUUUCGUUCGACGCCUCUUCAUGCUAUACCCCUCGAUCUCUUGACUGUGGCAACGACUGCUCCUGUGUCCCAAGAGCGCUUCAAUUACCAGCGGCUAGAAACCCUCGGUGACACGGUGCUCAAAUUCUCCACGAGCAUUCAGCUGUUACACAAAUUCCCUCUCUGGCAUGAGGGGUACCUUACUAAACGCAAAGAUCACAGCGUGUCGAAUGUGCGGCUAGCAAAAAGUGCUGUAGGCAGGGGGCUUUAUACUUGGAUCAUUCGCAACAGGAUGUUGGGGAAGAAAUGGAAACCGGAGUAUUUUUCGACUUCGGCCCCUGUUAUCGCCCCUAACACAGCUCCUCCCCCCAACCCUACCAGUUCUCCCGAAACCAGGCAACGGAAGGAAACUGAUAAAAGGAGGGAGGGCGGUAAAGUCGCCCACAAGGUGAAAGUCUUGGCUGACGUCGUGGAGGCAUUGAUCGGCGCAUCUUACAUUCACGGAGGGUUUGAACUUGGUCUUGAAUGUAUCCGCGUAUUUGGCCUCGGUAUGGAAUGGGAACCUCUCCCAAAAUGCAUUUCGUCCCUUUUCUCCCGGGUAGAAGAGAACGACGAGAACAUGCCCACCGUCUUGUCUAACGUGGAGAAAAUGCUUGGAUAUACUUUUAAUCGGAAAUUCUUGCUCAUCGAGGCUCUCAGCCAUGCUAGUCACCAAGAGAACGAGCGCACCGUCUCUUACGAACGCUUGGAGUUCCUUGGAGAUUCAGUUCUCGACAUGAUAGUGACCCACUAUCUUUAUCACGCACCCGGCAAGCUAUACAGCCCUGGUCACAUACACCUACGCCGGUCAGCACUCGUCAAUGCACACAUGCUAGCGUAUAUCUGUCUUAAGACCCACAUCGACUUGAUCACUGAUAUGCCCAGAACCAAAGGCCGUGGUCUGGUAGGACUCGAACACGAAACCCAACGAGUGUAUCUGUGGCAAUGCUUGGCUCACUCCAGCCCCCGCGUCCUUGACGAUCAAGCUCAGACUUUCGCGCGGUAUCAGAAGAUGCGAAACGAGCUCGAAACCGCUUUCUUCGGUGGCACUAUAUUCCCUUGGGCGGCUCUGCUUCGCCUGCAAGCACCCAAAUUCCUGAGUGACAUGGUCGAGAGUCUCAUAGGCGCCAUUUUUCUGGAUACCUCUGGAAACCUUGAUGUCGUGAGGCAAGUGCUUCGAAGGCUCGGCCAUACAGAUAUCUUGGAGAGAGUGGUUGACGAUGGGGUGGAUGUAUUGCACCCGGUGUCCAGAGUUUCGUUGUGGGCAUCGAAAAUCGGUAAAAAGGUCAAAUAUCGGACUGAGAAGGUGAAGGGGGAGGUCAAGUGUACGAUAGCACUAGACGAAGAAGACACUAUUUCCAUGAGCGCCAUGGACCACGGCCAUGCAAGCGCAGAAGAGGUCAAGUUUAUGGCUGCAGAGCAUCUCAUCAGGACUAUGGGUCUUAGGGAUGUUGGGUUAAACUAUAACGAGUUGAAGAGGAGGAAGAAGGCAGUCCAGGCAAACGUUCCUUCCGUGUGA